ACUUCUCGCAUGCUUUGCUCAGCUGAAUAAAAAAGAUCUCCUUUCUCGUGCCUGUCAAUCGGCAUAUUUUAGACAAGAGGCCAGAGUCAGCCUUGCCCAGGCUAGCUGGGAGGGCGUGGGACACUCCCUGAAAACGGACCCCAACAAAAGGAGGAGGAGGAAGUAGAAAAAUCUGUUGAGGAAGGGGAGAAGGACAAGCUAGCAUAUCAGAAAAACAUACAGGGAAGGGGCCAUUGAGAAAUGUGAGAGACUGGUGGUACAGAUGUAUCAGCCGGCAGUGAAGGAGGAGCGAGAGCGUCCGUGCCCUGCAGCUGCUGCUCGCUUGGAUCUGGAGGGCGGUGCAAGAGCUCGGCAGCGCUGCAGGAAGCAUUGCACGUCCUUUGACACGCAGCACACUGACCCUGCGGCGCAGCCCGGGAGGCUCCUCCUCACUGCUUGCGGAGCGCUUUGGGUCAAGAGGAAGAAUACAUCCUCAAGGCUCGUCUUCUAUCCCUGGCUCUGACCCAUUUUCAAUCUUACCUGCACCAGGUGACAACUGGAAGAUGAAAAAUGAAGGAAAACCCAGGGGAAGAUUGUUAGUAGGUGACAGACGGAAAAAGAGGGAACAGAAGAGCCUAAAAACUGGAGCAGAAGGGAAGAAAAGGAGUGGAUCACCUGCUUCUGAGGAUGAAAUCCAAAAACACAAUGCAGCAAGAAAGAAAGAGAAGCCUGAGCCGCCCUCGUAGGAAAGGCUUGAGUCCUGACCCAAGCUUUCAACCUCCAUGGGAAAUGCACAGACAGAACAAACCAUAUAAAUGCUUUGAGUGUGGAAAGAGCUUCAGCACAGGGGGAGCUCUUACUUUACACCAUAGAACCCACACUGGGGAGAAACCAUAUCAAUGCUUGGAAUGUGGAAAAAGCUUCAGAAGGACUGGAGCACUGACUAGCCAUCAUAGAACCCACACUCAGGAGAAACCAUAUGAAUGCUUGGAGUGUGGAAAGAGUUUUAGCAGGAAUGACACUCUUAGUUUACACCAUAGAACCCACUCUGGGGAGAAACCACAUAAAUGUUUGGAGUGUGGAAAGAGCUUCAGCACAAAGCAAGCUCUUACUGUACACCACAGAACCCACAUGGUUGAGAAACCAUAUGAAUGCUUGGAGUGUGGAAAGAGCUUCAGACAGAGUGGAAAUCUUACAUUACACCUUAGAACCCACACUGGGGAGAAACCACAUAAAUGUUUGGAGUGUGGAAAAAGUUUCAGCCAGAACGGAAAUCUUCUUUCACACUAUAGAACCCACACUGGGGAGAAACCAUAUGAAUGCUUGGAGUGUGGAAAGAGCUUCAGCCACAGUGGAGAUCUAAAAAGACAUCAUAGAACCCACACUGGGGAGAAACCACAUAAAUGCUUGGAGUGUGGGAAGUACUUUAUCAGGAGUGGAAAUCUUGUUUUACACUAUAGAACCCACACUGGGGAGAAACCAUAUGAAUGCUUGGAGUGUGGAAAACGUUUCAGCCAGAGAGGAGAUCUUAAAAGACAUCAUAGCACCUGCACUGGGGAGAAACCAUAUGAAUGCUUGCAAUGUGGAAAGAGCUUCAGCAGGAGUGUAUGUCUUACUAGUCAUCAUAGAAUCCACACUGGGGAGAAACUAUCUGUGGAGGAUUGAGGCCCAAACCUCUUUUUGUAAAUAAGCCCCUGUAUUAUAAAAUUGUAUUGAUAUUCCUAAACCCCUUCUUUAUUGCAAAUAGGGAUGGUAUGUGUAAAAUGCUUGCUAGUCUCUGAGGUAAUUCACACAAGUGAAAACUGUGUUCUGCCCAGGUUUGGGAGCUGGCUGUGCUCCCAAUUUUCGGUUGUGUGGAAGCAAGGUAAGAGGAAAACCCUGGUAGGAGUGAUUGUGUGGAAGCCAGGUAGAAGUUGUGCCGUUGAGUCGGUGUAGACUCCUGGCUACCACAGAGCCAUGUGGUUUUCUUUGGUAGAAUACAGGAGGGGUUUACCAUUGCCUUCUCCCGCACAGUAUGAGAUGAUGCUUUUCAGCAUCUUCCUAUAUCGCUGCUGCCCUAUAUAGGUGUUUCCCAGGAGGAAAACCUGGGCACAAAUGAUGGUGAGGAAGCAAGGUAAGAGGAAAACCUAGGCAGAAGUGAUUGUGUGGAAGCAUGGUAGAAGUAAAAGCUACCCAGAUUUUCGUCCUACCUUGCGUCCUCACAUUCACUUCUACCCAGGUUUCCCUCCUACCUUGCUUUCACACAAUCACUCCUAUCUGGGUUUUCCUCUUCUCUUGUUUCUACACAACCAAAAAUUGGAAGCACACACAGCUCCCAAACAUUUUAUUUCAUGAAUUGUGACAUGGGGCCAAAGAGGUAAGGACUCAGUUUAAUUGCACAGCUGAAGAGAGGGAAAUCUCCUGGUUAUGAUUAUAUCCCCCCUGAUCUCUUGUUAUCUAAUAUAGAAUGUUGGGCCCCUAUUCUGGCAUCAUUAUUUACAUAUAUAGAUCGAACGGCUCACAUCCCUGAUGAUUGGGUUCUUGCCAUUGUUGUCCCAAUACAUAAAAAAAGAAUGUGGAAGGACCUGGGCAACUAUAAACCGAUAGGUUUGCUCAGCGUAAUAAGUAAAUUGUAUGCAAAGCACUUAUGUAUUAAGCUGUAUGAGUGGAUGGAUCAAGAAGGCAUCAUAGAACUGGAACAGGCGGGGUUUACUGCAGGUAGGUCAGUAAUGGAUCACUGUAUUGUGCUACAACACUUAACAGAAAGUUACGUGUAUGAGAGGAAAACACCCCUCUAUGCAGCCUUCACCAACUUCUGAAUGGCUUUUGACUCUUUAUCUAGAGGAAUUCUUUGGGCCAAGUUAUCUAAAACCUCAGUUCACGAAAGACUAUUGUUAAUUUAUAAAUUAUAUGAGAACUCAACCCUUCGUAUAUGUCUUAACUCUGCGGGUCAUCUUUCAAAGAAGAACCCACAAAUAAGGGAGUUAGACAGGGUUGCAUCUUAGACAGGGUUGCAUCACCCUUCCUAUCCAAUUUUUAUGUGAAUGGUCUAAUCCAGCGGUUGCAAGAUUCGGACAUACAUACACCUAAUCUGUCAGACAAACAUCUGCCUAUACUCAUGUAUGCUGAUGAUGCUGUAAUCUUAUCACAAACUAGAAUAGGUUUUAAAAAAGCUUUGAUUGUUCUGGCAAGCUACUGUAAGAAGGAACAAUUAGUAAUAAAUUAUUCUAAGACAAA